AUGCGCGUCAAGACCAUCCUGGAUCUCGUGUACCACGGCGACGAGGCGGGCAUUGCAGCCCACGCGUGUGACGAUGAUUUUCCUCGUUGCGUCGCCUGCAGGAAGCGCGCCAACUUGCUCGACGCCGUCCCAGGUGAGCCCACAGACUGGUUGGUAUGCCCUGUGUGCAAGCAGUUCUGGCACGAGAGGUGCGCGGUCGGGAUGCGCGACAGUGGCCUUGCGGCACGCGCAGGGGCAGCAGCAUGGGACCGAUUGGUCUCGCCGCUGCCGGAGGAGGAUGCGGUCGCGCAUGAGGCUCGGCUCCAGAGCUACAGGUGCGCGUUCACGUACGACCAGCUGACCCAGUCUAGCUGGGUGUGCGCGGCGUGCAUGCAUUGCAUGGAGCGCAGCAUCAGCUAG